CCUCGCCGCCGCCAUCGCCGGUCAACUCCGGUUCAAAAAAAAAUUUAGAGAGACCAACCACUCAUCGUCUCUCUACUUCCAUCCGCUUCAACCUUCAGGUGCGCCGCCUCGCCCUCGUCGGAUCCCUAGUAGGGAGGGGAGGUCUCCGUCUGCCGGCGGGAGGCGCGGGCGCCGCCAUGACCGGGACAUCCUGGAUAAUUGACAGCCAUAGAAUUGCUUCAAAAAUAAAAAAUGCAUCUGGAUCGGUGGAUGCCAGUAAGCACAAAUGGGUUAGCAACCCAACUAAGGCUUGUCCAAGGUGCAACCACAUCAUUGAUAACAGUGAUGUUGUUCAUCAAUGGCCUGGUUUGCCAAGAGGUGUAAAGUUUGAUCCAACUGACCAAGAAUUGCUUUGGCAUUUGCUUGCAAAGCAUGGCAAAGUUGGUGCAAAAGCUCAUCCGUUCAUUGAUGAAUUUAUUCCAACAGUCGAGGAAGAUGAUGGUAUCUGCUAUACCCAUCCACAGAAACUUCCAGGUGUCAAGCAAGAUGGAAGCGUAUCACACUUUUUCCAUAGAACAUUUAAGGCCUAUAAUACUGGAAUAAGAAAGCGCCGGAAGAUAAACACUGGUGAUCUUGCUGAUGUCCGCUGGCACAAGACUGGUAAGACAAGGCCAGUAGUAGUUGAUGGAAAACACCUUGGUUGUAAGAAAUUCAUGGUGCUAUAUAUGAGCACCAUGAAAGGUGGUAAACCUGAAAAGACCAAUUGGGUGAUGCAUCAGUACCACCUAGGAACUGGGGAAGAUGAGGUAGAAGGGCAGUAUGUUGUCUCUAAAUUAUUGUUUCAGCAACAGUUUAAACCUGGGGAGAAGAACGCACAGGACUUAACCUCUGCAGAUGCUUUAGAAUCUAUAGUUGCUGAAGAUCUUCCAAAUAUUCCUCCACUUCCCCUGGAAGAACAUGUUUUUACCAACCAAGAACUAGAAGUUCUUGAGAAAUCUGAAACUAUCACUGACCAGGGAAAAGAGACUAGCGAAAUAAACAACGAAGAUAACGCUGUAGAAGAUGUUGCGCAUAUGGCUACUGAGAAACCUGAGGAUGGAGAUAACCCCUCAUCGCAAGAUCCGAAAUGGUGGGAAGGUGAAUCCCAGUUCCUGUUAGACUCUCAGCAACUGGCAGAGAACCUUGCGAUUUGCGAUGAGUUCCUUCAGAGUCAGAGCCAGACCUCAUGCGGCGGUGGAGAUGAUGAAACCGAUAAGAUAAAGCCCCGUCUUGCUGUUUAUGCCCAGUUGCCAGUAGAGGACUUGAAGAAGGAUCUGGAAGAAUGCCAGAGGUUGGACCCCUCAGAUGGCACAAAUCUUGAGCUUGAAAAUGCGUCUGAAUUUCGACUGAGCCAAAUUGAGUUUUCGCAGGAUAGCUUUACGACGGCAUGGGCUGGUGGCAAGGUGAUCGAUUGACAUGUCUCCAAGGUGCUGUCAACACCAUUUUGUACAUUGAAGAAACAACUGAAGCCUCUUCCUUCUGCGAGACAACAGUAAAAUGCUGUCGAUAUAUGUGGUGAAGCAACUCUUGUCUCGGACAGUAAAAAGUCAUAAUUUUGGCCCGGCGGCUUGCCGGGGUAGGCAAAAGGUGAGCUUAUGCGCUGGCUUGCCCCUGAAUCCCUUGAUGCAUAUGGACUGUGCACCGGUGACUAUUCAAUGCUAAAGAUCACAUAUUCCUGGCUGUAAAUUGUGAUGGUGGAUGUCUCAUUUUGCUUGGAUACUCUGGACCAUCCGGUGGUACAAGGGGAACUUUUGCUUCUGGUUGAACUGAUUACUCCAAUAACUUUCGUGUUAAUAACUUUUGCCAUCAUGAUAGUGCCUAUUAUUUAUAAAUGUGGACACAAGUCAUUUUCUGGAGCUUGUGGUAAAGCAGGGCUGAGAAUCUCGUGCAAGCUUCAUCUUGUAAAUUGCAGUAAUCAGCAUAAGAUUGUGACAGAUAACUUCCAUGUUUCA